AUGGGCGCUACUGAAAUCCUGAAAUUGCAAAAGAUGCCGAAAGUGGAUCCUGAGAGUGGAGAUGAAGACGAUCCGAAGAUCAAAAUCGCCAAAACUCCUGCAGAGCUUCAACGACUUCGUUUGGAGCGACUCAUGAAAAACCCUCAAAAGCCUGUAUUCAUACCUGAACCUCGCAAGGAGAAGAAGUUUCCUGAGCCACCCGAGUUCGUGAGGAAUGUAAUGGGGUCAAGUGCUGGUGCCGGAAGUGGGGAGUUCCAUAUAUACAGGCACAUACGAAGACGAGAAUAUGCAAGGCAGGAUUUCAUUAAGCAUAAGGCAGUCAAGGAAGAAAUGGAUGAGAAGUAUCAUGAAAAACUGGAGGAGAAUCAGAGGCUGGCAGAGGAACGGACUGCAAAACGGAGAGCUAAACGCCUCAAGAAGAAGGAAAAGAUGAAGGAGAAAGGGAAGGUGAAGAAGAGAAAAACUAAUGAGGGGUGCAAGGAAGAAAAACAAGGGACUGAUGAAGACAGUGGAGGUAGUGAACCUGACUUGAAAGACCAUGAAGAUGGAAACCUAUCCAGUAAUGAUGAAGGACAGGGAACUGCAUCAAAGGAAAGUGGAGAUGAAAAGCAUGAAGAAAACAAGACACCAUGUGCUGGGGCGAAUGGAUGA